AUGCCUAAUCCAGUCCAAUGGCUUCCGCUAGAAUCAAAUCCGGAAGUGAUAACAAAUUUUAUGCAUAAAAUUGGUGUGGAGGAGGGGGUAGAAUGUGUGGAUAUAUACGGUUUCGAGGAGGAUGUAUUGGCUUUCAUUCCACGACCAUGUUAUGCUGUUAUAUUGUGUUUCCCGAUGGUUGACAAGGUUGAUAAAAUUAUGGAACCCAUCUACGAAAAAAUGAAAGAGAAGGGGUGCGUAGUACCGGAUGAUGUGUUUUUUAUGAAACAAAAAAUAUCAAAUGCUUGUGGAACUUUUGCGCUGAUCCAUUCGCUUGCCAAUAAUCAGAAAAAAAUUAACCUUGGUAAUGGUUCAUUAAAGCAGUGGUUAGAUAAAGCAGUGGAAUUGAGUGUUGAAGAACGGUCUGAUUCCUUGGCCGAAAACUCAACACUUGCGGAAGCUCAUGAUAAUUGUGCUCGAGAUGGUGAGACCGAUUCGAGCACAGUUGUUGAUCAUCAUUUCAUCUGCUAUCUUAACCAUGGAGAUAAACUUCUUGAACUCGAUUCUCGUGCUCCAUGUCCUCGUAUUUGUGGUUUGACCAGUGAUGCAACAUUCCUAAAAGACGUUGGAAAUUCAUGCAAGACACUGAUGAACAAACUGGGAAAUCUAUCAUUUAGCGCACUUGCCAUCGUUCGUGCUUCUCAGUAA